UUGGCUACAUUUUUUUUCUUUCCCCCCUGUGUGCUUUCUUGCCGGUUUGCUAGGGUUACUGCAGAACAUUUACUUUACAGUGAGUCGAUAACUACUUUAUUGUUUGAGUCUCUAUUUAGCCAUGAUAUAAAACACAUUGGGCCUCAGUCGAAAGAAAUCAAAAUGAUUAUCCCGGUCCGGUGCUUCACCUGUGGGAAAAUCGUUGGUAAUAAAUGGGAGGCGUACCUUGGCCUCCUUCAAGCUGAAUACACUGAAGGUGAUGCCCUUGAUGCUCUUGGUCUGAAGAGGUAUUGCUGUCGGAGGAUGCUGCUGGCCCAUGUAGACCUUAUUGAGAAGUUGUUGAAUUAUGCACCCCUGGAGAAAUGAUGGAUACAACAACCACAAGAAUCAUCUGGCCUAUUUACAGACAAGCCCUGGCUGACAGCCAGUGAGGCAGUGCACCCUGAUGGAUUGACAUCCUCAAGAGACUAUUUUCCCACCUUGUUUGAAUUGUACAUGUUUUUGUUGUUGUUGGCUAAAGCCACUUAACAUGUAAUUUACAUUGUGUAAAUAAACAAGACAGGAGGCGAACCCCUUUAAGCAGCAUGGGUCAGGCAUUGAAAACUACCUAGUCCUCUUGUGUAGCAAUCCCUUUUUGCAAUAAACACACUUGUUCCAACUCA